AUGGCCGAUGCCAUCGCUCUGUACCGCUCGAAAUCCCCCACCGACGAGAUUAGUGAGCUUUUUAUAGUCCUCGCAACGCUGGGAAUGUAUAUGGUUCCACUUGGUGUGAUCAAUCUCCACGACCUAGAUAGCGCCCGAACUGCUGUCCGACAAGCCAUCUCCGUGACCUCGCCGACCUUUGCAACCCGCUACGAUGCUCUCGACGAGCAGUUGAAAGGCGUCAUAACAUGCGCUCUCGUCCUUUGCGCUGAGUGCUACCCUAUGAAGAUAUAUCACGGCUUCGGUGUCGGCGUAUACAACGACUGGCUAUGGGCCGCGAAAUGCUGGGAGAGCGGGACAUGUACAGAACUCGACAGGAUAAUCGCAGCUGUCAAGGACGAGCGCAAGGAUUUUUGGCUGCUACGAAAGGUACCUACAGGCAUGAGCCGGAUCCAGCCUAUCCGUGAGAAGAUACCAUUGAAGCAGAGGAAAGACAUGGUGAAGGCCCGCGAGGAUAUGGCGAAGAGGCUGGAAAAGAAAGGCUUCCCGCAGCCGCACGAUAAGAGCUUUAAGAUCAAUGCGUGGUGGAUCCCAUUUGCUACGUGGGACUCAGCGUUCCUGCUUUACAACGAGGGUCACAGCUUCGAGCGCUCGGUACGAUGGCAGACAGAUCCUGGACGUCUUUUAUACGCUUUCAUUGUCGAUCGCGAGCUUAAUCUACGGGAUGGCGAGCUGAUGCUGGUCCCCGCGGGACCUGGAGAAUGCCUCGUUCGCUGGCUCGAGGGCUUGCAAGGCAUGGGAAUCAAGAUUGUACCAGAAGUAGAUCUGAAUAUCAAGGGGCUAGGAUUGAGCUCGUCGACUAGAGACACAUUACACUUUCACGGUCGUCAAGACGCAUACGUCAUUCGAGAUCAUCACUCCGCCCCCAGACGACCAAGCGCUCCACACCUCCCGACAACGCAUUAUGUAGCGAAGACCAUAUCCAGUCCAUCUCACAUGGUAGAGAUGCCCGGCGACACAACACAUCAAGACUCGGCUCUGUGUGUCAGCACUGUGCGGCCUCCUCCGUACACCACGUCCUCAUCAUCACGGCCUAGGCCCGAAGCCAGCCCGGUAAUCCUGCAACCAGAUUCGUUUAAAGCCGAUGAUAGAACAAUCGCGUCGCUCCAGACCCAGCCACUCUCGCCUUCUCAGACGAGUUUCAAGACGACGAGUACGAAGUUCACGGAGGGUCGAAGUACAAGCUUUCUCAGAGGGCUAAUGCCGGGUGGGAAGACAUGA